GUGUUUUGUUGUGUUGUGUUGUGUUGUGUUGUGUGUCGUGUUCCGCCACCACCGACUCAUACUCCUCUCAUUCGGCCAUUCCCAAUUCUCAUUCAAACCCUUUCUCUGUUUUUUAUGGAAUCGCCUUCAUAGCUCAUCCCUUCAAAACAAAAUGCAUUCUUUCAGAGACAAAGUUUCGCAGAAACUCUCCCAUCUCUUACCCAAUUCUUCUUCUCCCUCGCCCCCACCCCCGCCCCAGGAUAGUCCCUAUUCUAAAGAGGGUAAACCUUUGUCUUCAUAUUUAUCUUACAUUAUCCCUUCAAUCAGCUCUGAUGGAUCAAAAACAAGCAAGAAGCAACAUGAUCAUAAACCAAUUCGAACAGCUUCGGGGGGAUAUAAUUAUGAGAAUUUUGAGUAUCAGGAUGUUCCAUCAGAUAACUAUGUUGAUGGUAAUCCCAUGUGCAAUAGCAUGGAUUUAUCCAAAGAUGAUAACAUAAAUGAAGAUCAUACCUCUAGAAGGAGCAGCAGCAGUUCUGAGGUUUUUGAAGAAGCUAAAGAGCAGCAAACACCAAAUACUUCAAGGAGGUCUCGACUCAAUCUUGCUGAUGAGUCCACUUUUAUAUCUCCUGAAUUGUAUGAGUUCUUGGAAACAUGCCUCCCUAAUAUAGUGAAAGGACGCCAAUGGGUCUUACUUUAUAGUACGUUAAAACACGGCGUAUCACUUCGUACACUUAUUCGCAAGAGUGCUGAGCUUUCUUGUCCUGGUUUGCUGAUUGUGGGAGAUAUGCAAGGUGCUGUGUUUGGUGGGCUGCUAGACUGUCCCUUGAAACCUACAGCAAAGCGAAAAUAUCAAGGAACAAACCAAACUUUUGUCUUUACAACUGUUUAUGGUCAGCCAAGGCUGUUUCUACCUACUGGUCUCAACCGAUACUACUACAUGUGUUUGACCGACAUACUUGCACUUGGUGGCGGUGGUAAUUAUGCUUUAUGCUUAGAAGAAGAUUUGUUAACCGGAACUAGUGGACCUUCUGACACAUUUGGAAACUUGUGUCUAGCUCAUAGCCCAGAGUUUGAGUUGAAGAAUGUCGAGUUGUGGGGUUUUUCACACGCUUCUCCUUUUCAAAGCUAAGAUGCUUUUGUUUGGAUGUCCAAAAGAAGCGUCUUUAUCCUCCUGUUUUUCUUCAACUUGGUGGUUGAUCAAUUUGAUGUACCAUUACUGUCAGACAUGUCCCAAGUUCUUAGUAUAUUGUAUGCUUGAAAUUCCAUUAAGUAAAAGUUUGGGUUUGUGAAAGCCAGAUAGUCCAAACACAAGGUAGUGUAGUAGAAUGCGAGGGAUGGAAUCCACUCACUCAACUACUAAGGAAUAAAGAAAGACUAACUAGGCUAUUUUACAUGCAAUAUUCGGUUUUCCAUGGCCUUAACUAGAAGACCAGAGAAGUUUGUUUUAGCUACAAAUGUAACAUUGGUUUUACAAAUUGAUUUGACAAAACUAAACAAAUUAGAGGCAAGUCAUUUGUUGGAUGGUGUAAAGCAGUGGCGCUAAGGUCGCAGUUUAUUCAAAAUGGAUAAGGAUAUCUAUAUUCUGACGGUGGCUGGCUGCAUCACUUAAUUAACAAUAUUUACAACUAUCGAGAUUAUGAUUUAAUUGGCUCUGGUUCAUGUCUUCUAAGCUUGGAGUGUAAUGAUAUACGUAUGUUGAUCUGUUUAUGAGGUUAUCCUUUUCUUUUUACUAUUUAUGUGCUUGCACUUCUAUUGUAAACAAAAACUAUUGACGAAGAACUUUUGAGCAAAUUAAGAUAAUUCCCUUUUAUUUUUGGGUGCAUUCAGUAUGCCCUUAUUC